AUUCUUAUUCCGGGUCGUUCUGUAUUGUUAUGCUAAGUGCAAAACAGGUUUAGGAGCUUCAGGUUAUAAAUACAGUCGUCAUUUGAGGUUUAGGAAACAGUGUAGGAAAAUACUACGACAGGAUGCAAAGACCACAGUUUCGCCAUCCCCGCCAGGGCUCUGGUCCACGGGCAGCAGGUUUCCGCAGCCCGCCUCCAGUUUACGACAGGACAGGGAGCAUGUUUCCAUCGCCUCCGUGGGCAUUUUCCGGCCCUCCUCCGCCGUUUGGACCGAGAUUUGGACCGUGUUCUCCCAAUACCCCACCGAGAGAGUUUGGUGGUAAUAGGGGCGGCGGUGGGAAAUAUAAUAACGGUCAGUCUCCGGGUCAAACACCGCACAGAUCGAACGCCAGUCCCCGAGGCGCACCGUUCAGACGCUCGCCGUAUGAGAGUCCCGGGCGACACGCCGGAUAUCAGGGUUCACCACGGACAUCCACACCAUUUGGUUCAGCGCAUGGCAGGGAGAGAGGGACAAAUGAUAUGGAAAAGUAUUACAAACCAUCAAUGCUUCAAGAUCCCUGGGCUGAACUACAGCCUAUCUCAGUGUCACAAACUCAGUCUAAAUGCAACUCCAAACAAACCAAUACAAGCAGACAAGGGAGGUACUACAAUUAAAACGCAGUACAUUUCUCUAACUUCAGUGAGAGGCAAAAGUCACUGAACAGUCCUUUUUAUUUAGUGCAGCAGCUGUAGUGCACUAAACUUUUAAAGUCAAACGGAGCCAGACGAACACAUGGACAUGAGGCAGGAUUCACCAGCAAUAAUUCUUGAGAAACUGACUCCACAGCAUUUUUAUGUACUUUCUUGUAUUAAGAGACCUUCUCUUUUACUUUUAUAUCUGCACUUCAACGUCAGGAUCAUAAAAAUGGGGGUGCGUUUGUAACUGGCAGCCUAUUGAAAAUAGUUUGCCAUCUCUGGCACACUCCCAUGGAGUUUGCAAAUCUUUCAUUGAAUUCAGAGGAAUAUGUCUUCAAGCUCAAAAUGCAGUCUAACAAAAGAUGUCUGAUCACCACAUCCACCUACCUCUCCGUAUUGACUGUGUGCUGUUAAAUAGAACGGGUCAAGUAUUUGUAGGUUUGGCUCCUUUAAUAAUUUUCUAUGAACUGUUUUUUUUUUUUUUUAAACGUUUUUUUUUUGGUGACACUUUUUUGGUUUUAUUAAAAUCUAUGGCUUUCUUUUCUGCAUAUAAAAAAAAAAAACGUGAUUGAUAACAGAUAUUGUCAUUAUAAAUGGCCCACAAAGGACCAUUGUUGAAUUAUAAGCCUAAAUUAAUUAAAAAUUGAAAUGCAAUACAGUCCUUGUCAAAAAAACAUUGAAAGUGGAAAUCUGUUACGCUUUAUUUACUAGUAAAAACAUGUUUAAUAUCUUCAAAGUUAAUCUUAUUGUGGAUUUUCAAAGAUAAUGUAGAUAAAACACCAUAACAUUACUACACGUCUAAGGAAGUUGUAAUUCAGUAAUUACACUUUUUGCUGUAGGAUAUACCAUAUGAAUCUCAUGUUAGAGGUCUACAAAAUAGAUUUUUAUUAAUGUAACAGAAACAACAUUUACAUUUUGAAGUUUAGUAUGCUUAAAUGUUUGCUUUUCAUUUUCAUUCAACAUUCGUAUCACCAGAAUUGCUGUUGUAAUAUUACAUUAGAGAUGUCUUUUUUUUUUUUUUUUUUGGUCCUUACCUUAUUUAGCAUUCAGAUUCCUGCAUGUUUAGCAUUUGCCAAGAGACACCCAAAAUAUAGAAUGAAAUGAAGACAUUUCAUCUUGUAUAAGUAAUAAGAAAGACUCAAACAAUAGAGGCUUAUAUUAAAAUGUCUUGUUUUGUAAACAUUUAGCACUCAAAGUCAGUGACUUUUUUUUUUCCACAAGUAAUGAAGGGUUUCUUGAGGCAUCCGCCAUUGAUAAGUCAGCAUCAUUGCCCCAUGGCACACUCACCACACAAACAGACCAAUCGAGAGCUUCGUUGAAGGGUAUUAACCCACUAUGACAGAUAAAACUGAGGAAACAAAAGUUGCAAAAGCCACAGUGCACACAUAGAUUUAGGUAAAGACAGUUAAAAGAAGCUGUGUUUUAGCUGCAAAAGAACAAUAUUUGGUUAAAGCCAGAAUAAUGUGGAAAUAAACUGUCAACAUCACAUUUAUUUA